AUGCUGCCCGGGGCCAUGCUUGCAGGGGACCUCAGCCUCCUGGCCACCUACUUGGAGGAGCUAGAAGCCAUGGAGCUGAAGAAGUUCAAGUUGUACCUGGGGGUGGUGGCAGCCGAGCUGGGAGAGGACAAGAUCCCCUGGGGCCGGAUGGAGGGGGCCGGGCCCCUGGAGUUGGCCCAGCUCCUGGUGGCCCACUGCGGGCCCCAGGGCGCCUGGCGGCUGGCCCUCAGCGUCUUCCAGCGGAUGCACCGGAAGGACCUGUGGGAGAGAGGACAUGGCGAGAACCUGGCCGGGGAUGGCUCACCCUCACUCAGACACCACUCUGCAUGCCUUCCCAAAGUGUCUCCUGAUGCUGUGAAAACAGAGCCCCAGAAAGCCUACCGCGAUUAUGUGCGCAGGAAAUUCCGGCUCAUGGAAGACCGCAACGCGCGCCUGGGUGAAUGCGUCAACCUGAGCCACCGUUACACGCGGUUACUCCUGGUCCAGGAGCACUCCAGCCUCCGUGGGGCCCAGCAGAAGCUGCUGGACCGGGGCUGGGGCCAAGCGGGGACAGCCGCACAACAGGCCAGUCCCAUCCGCGUGGAGAUGCUCUUUGAGCCAGACGAGGAGCGACCGGAGCCCCCGCGCACUGUGGUGCUGCAGGGGGCAGCCGGCAUGGGCAAGUCCAUGUUGGCCCGCAAGGUGAUGGUGGACUGGGCGGACGGCAGGCUCUUCCAGGGCCGGUUCGACUUCGUCUGCUACAUCAACUGCAGGGACAUGAACCAGGCGGGCCCGGAGCAGAGCGCGCUGGACCUGCUGGCCAGCUGCUGGCCAGAGCCCGGCGCGCAGGUGCGGGAGCUGUUGCAGCGCCCAGAGCGCCUGCUCCUAAUCAUUGACGGCUUCCACGAGCUCCAGCCGGCCUUCCACAAGGCCCGCGGCCCCUGGUGCUUCAGCUGGGAGGAGAGGUGGCCCACGGCGCUGCUGCUGGGCAGCCUGAUCGGCAAGAAGCUGCUGCCCGAGCUGUCGCUGCUCAUCACCACGCGGCCGUCAGCGCUGAUGAAGCUGCAGCGGUUGCUGGAGCACCCGCGGCAUGUGGAGACCCUGGGCUUCUCCGAGGCCGAGAGGCAGGAGUACAUCCACCGCUUCUUCCCGGACGCUGAGCGGGCCGGCCGCGUGUUCGCCUUCGUGCGGGACCACGAGCCCCUCUUCACCCUGUGCUUCGUCCCCAUGGUGUGCUGGGUGGUGUGCACCUGCCUCCAGCAGCAGCUGGACGACGGCGGCCUGCUCCGUCACAAGCCCAGGACCACCACGGCAGUGUACACGCUCUACCUGCUGAGUCUGCUGCUGCCCAGCCCACCGGGCACCCCGACCCCGCGGCCUCCGCCCAACCCGCGGGGGCUGUGCGCCUUGGCGGCCGAGGGCGUCUGGAGCCAGCGGGUCCUGUUCGAGGAGCGGGACCUGCAGAGGCACGGGCUGGACGCAGCCGACGUCUCCGCCUUCCUCAGCACACACGUCUUUCAGAAGGAUCUAGGCUGUGAGAAGUUCUACAGCUUCAUCCACCUGAGCUUCCAGGAGUACUUCGCUGCCCUGCACUAUGUCCUGGCCGGUGCAGAGGACGCGGCGGGCCCCGACCAGGACCUGAGCCGGCUGCUGGCCGAGUACACCUUCUCGGCGAGGAGCUGCCUGGCCCUCACCGCCCGCUUCCUGUUUGGGUUCUUGAACGAGGAGACGAGGAGCUCGCUGGAGCAGAGCCUGCGCUGCGCGGUCUCUCCGCAGAUCAAGGACGCGGUGCUGGGCUGGAUGCGAAGCUGGGCGCGGAGCCAGGGACCCGUUCUGCAGGAGGGCGCCCUGGAGGUCUGCAGCUGCCUGUACGAGGUCCAGGAGGAGGAGUUCGUGCAGCGAGCCCUGAGCCACUUCCAGACGGUCGUGGUCAGCGACGUGGCCAGCAACACGGAGCACGUGGCGGCCUCCUUCUGUGCCCAGAACUGCAGGAACGCGGUGGUCCUGCACCUGCACGGGGCUGCCCACCGCGCGGACUCCGAGGGCAGCGCGGCAAGGCCGGCAGGUGCCCAGGUGCCGCUGGCGCAGCGACCCGAGAGGAGCCUCCUGCCAGACGCCUACGGGGACCACCUGGCCACAGCCCUCCGCCGCUGUCCGGACCUGGUUGAGCUGGCACUGCACCGCAGCGCCCUGGGCAGCCGGGGGCUGGCACUGCUCUGCCAGGGCCUCAGACACCCCGACUGCAGGCUGCAGAACCUCAGGCUAAAGCGGUGCUGCGUCCCCAGCUCUGCGUGCCAGGACCUCGCUGCGGCUCUCACGGCCAAUGAACACCUCCUGCGCCUGGACCUCAGUGGCAACAAGCUGGGGCUCCCCGGCCUGCGCCUGCUCUGCGAGGGGCUGCAGCACCCCAGAUGCGGGCUGCAGAUGCUGCAGUUGAGGAAAUGUCUGUUGGACGCCGGCGCCUGUCAGGAGCUUGCCUCGGUGCUUGGCACCAACCCACACCUGGCAGAGCUGGACCUCACAGGAAAUGCCCUGCAGGACGUGGGCGUGGCGUGGCUGUGCCAAGGGCUGAGGCUCCCAGGCUGCAGGCUGCGGACCCUGUGGCUCAAGAUCUGCCACCUGUCGGGCACUGCCUGCAGAGAGCUGGCCUCCACCCUCAGUGUGAAUCGGAGCCUCACAGAGCUGGACCUCAGCCUCAACGACCUGGGGGACCCUGGGGUGCUGCUGCUGUGUGAUGGCCUCAGGCACCCUGCCUGCCAGCUCCAGACGCUCCGGUUGGGCAUCUGCCGGCUGGGCCCCGCCGCCUGCGAGGGCCUCUCUGCCGUGCUGCGGGUCAACCUCCGCCUAUGUGAGCUCGACCUGAGUUUCAAUGACCUGGGAGACCCUGGCGUGGGGCUGCUGGGCGAGGGGCUGCGCCUCCCCACCUGCAGGCUGCAGAAGCUGUGGCUGGACAGCUGCAGCCUCACCGCCAAGGCCUGUGAGACCCUCUCCUCCGCCCUGGCCACCAACCAGACCUUGACUGAACUCUACCUGACCAACAACGCCCUGGGAGACGCGGGGGUGCGGCUGCUGUGCAGGAGGUUGCACCACCCCACAUGCAAACUCCGAGUCCUGUGGCUUUUUGGGAUGGAUCUGAACAACCUGACCCACAAGAGACUGGCUGCACUUCGCACGACAAAACCCUACCUAGAUAUCGGCUGCUGAGGGAGCCGGGACAGGGAAACGUGCGUGGUCACCAACGCCGGGUAACUGG